AUGAGCACAAAAGGAGCACCACGCCGGUAUGGCUUCGCCUGCCUAAUGUGCCGACGUCGCAAAAUCCGCUGCGACGGCAAGAAAUCUCACUGCGCGAAUUGCCUCAAAGCAAAAGAAUUUUGCAACUACAAGGAAAGCCCCACAUACAAUGCCCACUUAGUCCAGCAGGUGCAGCAUUUCAAGCUGCGUGCGGAGAGACUGGAGUCUCAAGUGCGGGAUUUGGCGAGUGUGGAUCACGAAGAUCGGGAUCGGAAACUUGCAGGCAUUGUACGCGAGCUCGGCAAUCUCCGGCUUGAUGCUUCGCUAGAUAUUAUAACGAGGAUUUCGCUAGACACAUUUAGCCCAUUCACAAACUCCGCAAAUGUAAGCUUUUCGUCCCGCGCGUAG